CACACACCCUCGCAUGUUGCUCCGAAUCCGCCAAAACGCGAUUUCUGCCCUUUCCCUCCAACUUCUUUCAAAAAUUAUCUGCUAUCGCUUCUCCAUCUCCAGCUCCGAAGUGAAAAGGCUAACCAAGAACAGAUGUAUCUCCCUCAUCGAAGAUUGCAAGUCCAUGAAGCAACUGAAGCAAAUCCACUGCCAAAUCCUCGUCUCAUCCCUCCACCUAAGCAGGGAUGUGAUAGAUGACCUGGUCUUUUGCACCGAUCCUGUGUCCGGAGACCUCAACCAUGCAACAAAGGUGUUUGAAACCCUCGAGAACCGAUCACUUUUCAUCUACAACUUAAUGAUCAAAGGAUUUGCAAAGAAGGGGAAUCUAAAGAAUGCUCUCCUUUUGUUCGAUAGAAUGAGGGAGGAGUCUUUGCAGCCAGAUAAUUUUACAUACCCCUUUGUUUUGAAGGCGAUAGGCAGCCUUCACAUGGAAUUGGAUGGGAGAAAGAACCAUGCACUCAUUGUUAAAACUGGGCUCGAGUUCGAUCCAUAUGUAAGGAACUCACUGAUUGGCAUGUAUGCUGACAUGGGUAGGGUUGAGAUUUCACAGUUAUUGUUCGAUGAAAUGCCUGAGAGGGGUAUAAUUUCUUGGAAUAUUCUGAUAGCGGGUUAUGUUAAAUGUGGGAAGUUUGGGGACGCUAUCUCUGUUUACUGGAGGAUGGAUCAGGAGGGUGUGAAGCCUGACGAAGCUACUUUGGUGAGUACACUUUCUGCUUGUGUUUCAAUGGGGAAUUUGGAGUUGGGAACAAGAAUUCAUCAUUAUAUGAAUGAAGAAUUUAGAUUCAGUGUACCUCUUGGGAAUGCUUUGUUGGAUAUGUAUGCGAAAUGCGGCCAUGUAGAUAUGGCUCGUAGGUUCUUCGAUCGCAUGCCAGAAAGGAAUGUGAUCUCUUGGACUAGCAUGGUCUUAGGAUAUGUGAAUUCAGGCCAGUUGGAUGAAGCAAGACGGUUGUUCCACCAAAGCCCUGUGAAAGAUGUAAUUCUUUGGACUGCUAUGAUUAAUGGAUAUGUGCAGUAUAACCACUUUGAAGAAGCUAUGGCACUUUUUAGAGAGAUGCAGCUGAAAAGAGUCAAACCUGAUAAGUACACAGUCGCUGCUCUUCUUACAGCUUGUUCUAGUUUGGGAGCACUGGAACAAGGAAAAUGGAUUCAUGGAUACAUCGAGGACAAUAUGAUAAAAAUUGAUGCUGUGGUUGGCACAGCACUAAUAGACAUGUAUGCAAAAUGUGGGAGCAUACAGAAGUCCUUGGAUAUAUUUAGGGGAGUGGAAGGAAAGGACACUGCAAUGUGGACUUCAAUUAUCUGUGGGCUGGCUCUAAAUGGGCAAACAAGCAAAGCACUUGAGUUGUUCUCAGAGAUGAAAAGCAUUGGAGCUGAACCAGAUGAUAUCACCUUUAUUGGUGUUUUAAAUGCUUGCAGUCAUGGAGGAUUAGUGGAUGAAGGUCGUAAGUAUUUUGAUGCUAUGAAGGAAGUGCAUCAAAUAGAACCCAAAUUAGAACACUAUGGCUGUUUGGUUGAUCUCCUUGGUCGUGCCAGUCUUUUGGAUGAUGCAGAGAAGUUGAUUGGGAAUAUACCCAAUAAUAAUGAUAAAAGUAUCUUACCUUUGUGGGGUGCUUUGCUUAAUGCUUGUAGAAUGCAUGGUAAUGUCGAGAUGGGUGAGCGACUAGCCAAACAAGUAAUUGAACUGGAGUUUGUAAAUUCUGGUCUACAUACUCUUGUGGCUAAUAUAUAUGCUGCGGCAGAUAGAUGGGAUGAUGUCACCAAAAUAAGAAGAAAGAUGAAAUAUCUCGGUAUCAAGAAGACACCAGGUUGCAGUUCAAUUGAAUUGAAUGGCAUGAUUCAUGAGUUCCUUGUAGCCGAUACUGCAUCUCCUCAAAGAAGUCAGAUUUACUCAGUGCUGAACGGUAUAAGCAGGCUUAUGGACUUGAAUGAACAAAUUGAGAUAAAUGAUCAAGAUAUUAUUAAUACAUCAUACCUUCUCGAAAGGUGAGAUAUGAUGUUCCAGAGCAAAUUGUUCCAGAGCAGUGUUUUGCCUAUUGUUCGAUAUUUCCAAAGGA